AUGUUUCCAGCGGCGGGCGGCCACGACCGCCGCCCUCGCCGCUCUGCUCAGGCUGCGAGCUCUGCAAUUGAGGAGCAAUUCAGCCACAGCCGAAGCCCUCCAACCGCCAGUCCAGCAAGCGAGAGGGAGGGUGUCGCCGCCUCGCUCUCCCCCACUCCACCUCCCCUCUCUCCUCCACCAGCUCCUCCCUCCUCGACAGGGAGCUCUAGCGACACCAUGAGCAACGCCAGCAACUUUCUCGAUAAAGCAUGUGAGAUCGUCAAGCAGGCGAUCGACGCCGACAUCAAGCAGGAGUGGAGCGAGGCCUUCAAGCUGUACAAGAAUUCGCUCGACUACUUCAACAUGGCUUACAAGUACGAGAAGAACCCCAAGCUCAAAGACCUGAUCCGCUCCAAGGUCGAGGAGUACCUCGACCGCGCCGAGAAGCUCAAGGAGCACAUCACGGCUUCCGAGGCGAAAGCCAAGGCCGACGCCGACGGCGGGCGCAAGGCGGUCAACGGUGGUGGCGGUGGUGCGCAGGCCAAGAAGGGGCAGGGCGAGGACGACGAUGCCGACACGAAGAAGCUGCGGGACGGGUUGUCGAGCGCGAUCCUGUCCGAGACGCCCAACGUGCGGUGGGAGGACGUCGCCGGUCUCGAGCAGGCCAAGGAGUCGCUCAAGGAGGCCGUCAUCCUGCCGAUCAAGUUCCCUCACCUCUUCACGGGCAAGCGCACGCCCUGGCGCGGCAUCCUCCUCUACGGCCCUCCCGGUACCGGCAAGAGUUUCCUUGCCAAGGCCGUCGCGACCGAGGCCAAGAGCACCUUCUUCAGCGUGUCCUCGUCCGACCUCGUCAGCAAGUGGAUGGGCGAGAGCGAGCGUCUCGUCAAGCAGCUUUUCGCGAUGGCGCGCGAGCACGCCCCGUCCAUCAUCUUCAUCGACGAGAUCGACUCUCUGUGCGGCACUCGUGGCGAGGGCGAGUCCGAGGCGUCGAGGCGCAUCAAGACCGAGUUCCUCGUGCAGAUGAAUGGCGUCGGCAAUGACCAGAGCGGUGUCCUCGUGCUCGGCGCGACCAACAUUCCGUGGGCGCUCGACGUCGCCAUCAAGCGCCGAUUCGAGAAGCGCAUCUACAUCCCUCUGCCCGACCCUGCCGCUCGCGUCAAGAUGUUCCACCUCAACAUCGGGACGACGCCGUGCCAGCUCUCGCAGGCCGACUACCGCGCGCUCGGCGAGCGCACCGAGGGCUACUCGGGCUCGGACUUGGCCGUCGUCGUGCGCGACGCCCUCAUGCAGCCGGUCCGCAAGGUCCUGAGCGCGACGCACUUCAAGGAGAUUGACGUGCCCGUCGAGGACGCCGACCCGCCCAAGUCCGUCAAGAAGCUGACACCGUGCUCGCCAGGCGACGCGGGCGCCAAGGAGAUGACGUGGAACGACAUCGACAGCAACGAGCUGCAGGAGCCACCUUUGACCUACAACGACUUUGUGCGCGCCGUUCAGAGCGCCAAGCCAACCGUGUCGCAGGAGGACAUCAAGCAGCACCUCGUUUUUGCGCAGGAAGGCGGCAGCGAGUAGAGCCAGUCUGUCACGCCCUCUCGAUCCGCGCCUCGCCUCUAGACGCGCCGCACCCUCGUUCGCUUGCGCGCCGGCGUCCGAUCUCUCUCUCUGUCGACGUUGUACUUCUUCCCGGCCGAGCGAGGCGAGCCUUUCUCUGCGCAUGUAUUGCAGCUCCAUGUCGUCUCUC